AUGAUUUUGAAGGUACCUAGCUCUCUCUCUCUCUCUCUCUCUCUCUCUCUCUCUCUCUCUUUCUCUCACACACACAAAUAUGAUUUUGAAGAGAAAGAGAGGAGUGGUGGAGGUACAGGAGAGACAGUGGCAUGGCCAAAAGACACUCCUAUUGCUGUCCUAUCAGGAACACUCCUACUGGUCGCGGUAUCAUUGUCCAGACACUUUUUUAAGGAAGAGCCUAGCACGAACACCAGACUCCUCAUUGGCAACAUGUGGAUAAAAGCGAUCCUUUUUGCCACAUUGGCAUUACUCGGGAAUGCCGCCAUUUUGGAUGACAUCGCUGAUGAUAGCAGAAGCUUAGAUGCAUUAAUUGAGGAGCUCAAAGAUCGAGAACUUCGUCGUCCUAACAGAGUAGUAAUACAAGAAUGCAAGAGUAAACCAGCUGACAUCGCCUUCAUUAUUGACGAUUCUCGAAGUAUCUAUGAACCCGAUUUCAUCGUAGGCAUGGGAUUCAUAAAAAGUUUUGUGGACAUUUUUCAAAUUGGUCCCCAAGAUGUUCGCAUUGCCGCCGUCACAUUCGGUGAGAUAGUGAUAAAAUAUUCGGCUUUCGGGUUUGAAGCGAAUAACAAUAAACGUGAAGUUCUUAAGGCUCUUGCCAGAAUCAAGUUCGAACCUCAGUAUGGAGAUAUGACCUACACAGAUAAAGCCAUUACUUAUGCCCGUAACAAUUUUUUCAACCAUGCUCGGCCAAAUGUUAAAAAGAUUGCUAUUGUCCUUACCGAUGGAAGAUCCAAUAAUCCGUCAAAGACAGAAGCAGAGGCAGAUCUCCUGAAAAGCCAGGAUGUUGACAUUAUUGCUAUUGGUGUCGGCGAUGCUACUGAUGAGAGUGAACUGCACGCAAUUGCUAGCAGUCCCGACGGCGUUUUCCAAGUAAGAUCUUAUCGCGCACUGAAAAACAUCAUAAAAUCUCUUGGUUUCAUCACCUGCAGAGCUGCUUCAACUGCUGCUCCUCCUACUACUACUACUACGACAACGACUACCACGACGACGACAACACCUCCACCGAAGGCGGAACCAUGCGACGGACAGGAGAUCGACUUUAACUUUGUAUUCGACCCCGCUCAAAUGGGUACGAGUGGUACUGAAGAUGCCAUUCGCUUCAUUAAAACUGUCGUGUCUGCUGAAGAUUUAAAUAAUGGUAAAGUACGCGUUGGCACCAUUACGGGACCCUGUCCAGACACAAAAGGUUUCCAUCUCAAUCGUUAUCAAAAUCUUCCUGAUAUCCUGACACAUUUUGAUAGCUACAGAACGACUGAAAUUUACUCAUUGAUUACCGAUCUUCGAACGGAAGGUUUUGAUCCUAAAAAUGGCGGCCGACCAAAAGCACGCAAGGUUGGCGUCUUGUUCCUUAGGGGUAAAUUAAGCUAUCCCAAACGGGCGAGAAUUGAAGCGGAGUUGGCUAAGGCGAGAGGAAUAGAAAUAUUUAUUGUCGACAUGGGCAGUUUGAACCAUGAGAGUGUACUUGAAUCAUUGGCAUCCGGAAAGUCAAGUCAUAUUCUACGAGCAUCCGAUUCAGGAGAAAUGAUUGAAAUGGCCAGGACACUUGUGGCUCAUAUUUGCAAAAAAAAAGCUGGUGGGUCUGACUGUUGA